AUGCGCGCAUUGCAAAAGCGAUCACAAUACUUUAUUGCACGAUGUAUACAUAUUAAAUAUCAACGCGGGCGAGCGAGACAGCAACAAAAGUGUCACACAGCAGAGAAACCUGACACAUGUUUCACAAGAAAACGUCGCCAAAAUCCUCCUGGCAGCAGCCAAAAUCAAGGUGUCGUAUCAGACGAUGGAAGCUCUCUGACGAUGCGAGCGCUGAUCGCUCAAGGACCACAACAUCUAAUGGGACCAUUGCCAAGUAACGAGUAUCUGUUAGUAGUGGUCGACUACUAUAGUCGAUACAAAGAAGUAAACAAUUACAAAAACAUCAUAAGCUUACAGAUUAUUAAAAUGGUAAAAGAAAUGUUCAGUAGACUUGGUUAUCCUAUUUCUAUCACCGCCGACAAUGGCAAGCAGUUCGUUAGUGAAGAGUUUCGACCUUUUUGCAAAGAAUGUAACAUUAAGUUACAGUUAGUACUGUACAAUAUUGGCUUCAAAUGA